AUGAAGAGCAAUCAAUCGUUAAAAUUAACGAGGAGGGAUAUGAAGCGAAUGGAGAAGAUCUAUUUGGUGGCAUUGCUCUUCGUGGCCAUAGGCUUGAGCCAGAUGGCAAUAGCGAGGACUACGAGGUUCGAUUUGCGCGGCACGGUGCCGAUGCCGUGCCUAAUGUGGCUGGUCAUAGGCCUGGUGUGUAUCAUCCUCAUGGUAUAUACCGAGCUGCACGACACGUUUCCCAUCAACUGGACGUUGGGCUUCGUGACCGUCGAGAGUAUGACCCUUUGUGUCAUAUGCUACGACUGGACCUCGAUGAGUUCGUGGUUGGCCUCCGCGGUUGUAUUGGCGGUUUUGGUGCUUAACGUGAUUCUGUACGGCAUCGCCUCAAGCUGUCCGCUGUGCUGCAUACCCACCUAUCGCGCAAUGCUGAUAGCAACAAUUGUCUAUACCAUCGUCUAUAUACUAACAGUGAUUGUUGUGUUUUCGUACAUAAUCGCCACCUAG